GUGAUCUGUGACGUACAGAAACACCCGGGGACGGGAAUGUAACCGGUUUGACGCACUCCUCUUCUACACAGACUCUGUUCCCAUCGUCUUCCCCAACUCUCUCUCUCUUGCUCUCUCAAUUUGCUUCUCCCUCUAUCUCUCAAAAGCUCGCGAUCCUCGCUGUGGAGGUGUUUCUGAAAUAUUCGGGUUGUUUCUGUACUGCUUAUAGCAUGUAAUCCUCUCUGUCUCCCUCUCUCUUUACACGCACACACAUAGCAAUGCGAACCAAUUCAAUCUACACCACCAUUCUUACUGCCAUGUUUUCCCUAUCAUCCUCACCCACCCCCAAAUCCCUACCCACCAUUCACACCUCCUCCGCUCACCCCAAUCGCCUCCGUCUCUUCCGCGGCCUCUCCACUUUCAGCCCACCGUCAGGCGGCGACGACGAUAACUUCGUGCCCCUCGCGGCCAAGAGCGACACCCACCUCCCCAGAAGGCUGCAACCUGACAGGCACGCUCUCAAGGCAAAGGACUACAUCAAGGAGAAGCUCGUCUCCUCGACCGACGCCUCCACUCCAUUGCUCGACCCUUGUUCCCCUGGCCGCUCCAGCCACGCCAUCGGGUUGGUGGCGGCCGCGCAGGCGAAUUUCAUGAGGGUUUUAGUCGAACGAGUGGGGGUGGCAGCGGCGGAUUCGUCGAGAAGCGCCGGGAAACUGUCUUCACUGCCGGAAUCGGAUGAAAUAGGUGGAUUUUUGGACCCGACCGAGUUUUCUUCAAAAAUUGAGGAUGGUGGUCACCCGGAGGGCUCGAGUCCCGGCGAGAUUGGGGAGGAGAAGGUCGGCAUUGAGCUCCUCUGCGUGGUGCGGGCAGUGCUAAAGAAGAUUAAGAGGAGGGUUUUGGUGGGGGACAAGGUUUUGGUUGGUUCCAUUGAUUGGGUUGAUCGGAGAGGGAUGAUAGAGAACGUGUUUGAAAGGAAAUCCGUGAUUAUCGAUCCUCCAGUGUCGAACGUGGACCAUUUGCUGGUACUUUUCUCCAUGGAGCAGCCGAAACUGGAGCCCUUCGCGCUUACUAGGUUCUUGGUGGAGGCGGAAUCAACCGGGAUUCCAGUCACAUUGGCCUUGAACAAGUUGGAGCUCGUCGAUGGAGCGGUGAUAUCAUCAUGGAAAAGGAGGCUGCGUUCUUGGGGUUAUGAACCAAUCUUCUGCAGCGUCAAUACCAACCAUGGUUUGGCGAAUCUUGCUUUCAUCUUGAAAGAACAAACUACAGUAAUCGUGGGACCAAGUGGUGUUGGGAAAUCGAGCCUGAUAAAUGCAUUAAGAAGCAGCGGGCACAUUUCUGACCCCUUGGGCGACCAGAAUGCAAUCAGUAAAUGGUUCGAAGAUCAGCGUGUUGGGGAAGUGUCCUCAAGAAGUGGCAGAGGAAAACACACUACAAGACAUGUUUCAUUGCUUCCUCUUGCAGGAGGAGGAUAUCUUGCCGAUACUCCUGGGUUUAACCAGCCCAGUCUAUUGAAAGUCACAGCAAGAUCUCUUGCAGAAAUGUUUCCAGAGGUCAGACAAAUGCUUAGAUCAAGUGAGCCCGAAAAAUGCUCAUUCAGUGAUUGCUUACAUAUUGGUGAACCAGGAUGUAUUGUGAAAGGGGACUGGGAAAGAUACCCUUACUAUCUUCAGCUGCUUGAUGAGAUCAAAGUCAGAGAAGAAUUCCAGCUGCGUACACUGGGGACAAAAAGAGAAGGUGAUGUGAGGUACAAGAUGGGUGGCAUGGGAGUCAAACAAGCUGAGCCACGCCUGGAAUUGAAGAAACAUAGACGACAGUCCCGUAAACGGUUGAAUCAGUCACUUCUGGAUGAUUUGGAUGAUCUUGAUGAAGAUGAAGGAUUAGUUGAUCUUGGAGGCACUCGAUAAGCACAAGCAUAGUCAGUGAGCCUACGGGGAGGCAUUUAUACAUAAAGAUCAGUUGAUUCAUGCUGUUGUAUAUAGUCGAAGUCGUUUGCACACUGGUUAAUGUAGACUUGUAGUCUUACCUUAGCAGUCUUUCGAAGAAGAGCAUAUCUUGUUCUUUUGCCAUCUAAAAAAGGGAUAUGUACGGAAGAAUCCCUGUUUUAGAUGAGUAAUGUGUAAAAGCCUCCAUUUGUUUGUCUACCUUCACAGAUUUUUAACGUGCUGCAACGGCUUUGUAUGUUGAUAAAGUUUGAGUUCUCA